AUGGACAUUAGUACCAAAAGUUCAUAUAUGAAUGUUGUAGGCAAUAAAUGGGUGUUUAGAGUUAAGUAUAAUGCUAAUGGAUCCUUGCAAAAAUAUAAGGCUAGGUUGGUUGCCAAAGGGUUUCAACAAACUCCUGGUUUGGACUUCUUUGAGACCUUUAGUCCUGAAAUAGGUGAGAAGUGGUUGGAUGGACGUCAAGAAGCAGAGAGAAAUGGCACCACUGUCCACCAUUUCAUAUGGUGUGAUAAUGUCAGUGUAGGAGCCUUGGCAGCCAAUCUUGUUUUUCACUCAAGAACUAAACAUAUUGAAAUAGAUGCACACUACAUCCAGGAUCAGGUUUUGACAAAGAAAGUUGUUGUGCAAUAUGUUCCUUCAAAACUGCAAAUAGUAGAUAGUUUAACUAAGCCUUUGUCUGCUGCUCAGUUUCAUGAACUGAGAAAUAAACUCACUGUAAUACCAGUUGAUGCACACAAAGAAACUUCUUGUCUUGCUCAGCAUACUUCAUCAAGUGUCAAUGAUAAUGUUCAUUUCACUCAAGUUCAGCUCCCACACAACCUCGAUGCCAUUCUUCAAGAGGCAGACUCACAGAUUGACAAAUCCUCCAACAAUCUGAUUGAGCAGCUCCACGGUGGAAUCUUCUUGAACCAAAACAAACUGAAGUUUUCGGUUGAUAAGCUUUCUGGUGCGAACACCUUUGAGAUUUAUGCAAGGGGUCUCACAAUUGCUUGGGGAAACGAUGAACGUUAUUGGAAGUGGACUUACAUGCAAGACACAGAAGAUCAUCCUGUUGAAGUGGAGGUGGCUGAACUAGUAAAAGUCUGUUGGCUUGAUGUGAGCAAGAAAUUCCCUACACAAAAUCUCACUCCAAGGCAUAAUUACGAAGUUUCGUUUGUCUUAAUGAAGUUGAAAGGAUGUGAAGGAUUUCAAAACCAUCCAGUGAACUUGAAACUCACCCUCCCCAAUCAACCUCCGAUAGAACACAAACAAGAUUUGAGUAUAUUGCCAGAAAACAAAUGGUCAGACGUCCCCUUUGGCAUGUUUUCGAUUAAUUGCUGUAUGACUGGGGACAUAGAAAUCUCUAUGUAUGAGCACGGUUCGCAGUGGAAGAAAGGGAUUGUUGUCGACAAAAUCAUCAUUCGCCCCCUGGUGCAGCCACAGAACUGAACAUGAGGAUAAUCAACAAUGGGACGUUUGCAACUAAAAGUUUCUAGAUCGAUGAUGAAUAAUUUAGUUAGCAUGCGUCUCAUGCUGUACUAGUAGCUCUCACUAUGACUUUGUAAUAAAUAAAAAUGUGAGAGUUAUAUAUGUGAUAAUAAACAACAGCAAUAAUACGAGAUUGCUUCAUAAAAA